AUGAGCUUGAAACGAUCAGCAAGCCCAGAGAUCAUCGCAAACCCUUUUGUGAAGAAACGAAACCUUGAAUGGACAGUGUCUGUGUUGGACAACGAACGGCUACUACGCCCAGCUUCAGCUUCACACAAAGACGAAGAGCUCACAACAGCAGGCAUAGAAUCUGGUGCUGAAUCGACCUCGAACCAUUUAGGGAUAUUCUCCGAGUCUAUCGCAGCUCACGGACGUCCUGGAAUCCCUACGUUGUCCGUUCAAUCGUAUAGAUCACUCUACACAUCUAAUGCAGGCUCACCGGACGGCGCGCACUUUGUCAUACAUCAACAUGACCACCCCAUCGCUGGCACACACUACGACCUCCGUCUGCAGAUCAACGAGACGAGCAGCGUCAGCUGGGCUAUCAUGUACGGGUUGCCAGGAGACGUGAACAGCACAAGGCUGAAUCGAAAUGCCACCGAAACACGGAUCCAUUGUCUCUGGAAUCACCUCAUAGAGACAGCUUCGAGCCAAACAGGCUCCUUGCUCAUCUGGGACACGGGGACGUACACUGUCCUCCCACGUCGGAGCAAGCAUGAACCCAAGGUUGAUCCGUCUUCCCCCAUAGCCUCACCGCAAUCACCAUCGCCGCAUCGGACACAGCAGCAGCUCCUUCAUGAGGCGUUCCAGAACCGCAAGAUCAGACUGCAACUCCACGGUGCUCGAUUGCCCCAGCGCUAUGUCCUCAACCUGCGCCUCACCAAAACAGAAGACGAGGCUGGGAGAGCAAGGAAACUAUCCGUCCGUCGUCGGCGUCGCCAACGUCAACCGAGGACUACUUGGAAGCAGCCCGUGGAGACUAGCGAUGACGAUGAUUCCGAAUCGGAGGAUGGAAACCUGGUCCCAAAGGGCGAAGAGGCGCGAGAGGACAUUCCCGCCAUGGAGAGGGAAAUCCGAGAGAUGGAAGAUGAAGAGGUGAGGAGGACAAAUGCAUACAUCGGCGCUUCGAAUACCAUUGGCUCUGUACACCAGCGCAGAUGGUAUCUGUCCCUGGAUCGGCGGGGCUGUGGGUUCAAGCCUGGAGACAAGAGGCGCUGGGUAGCCGACACAGUCGAACAAGAGAGCGAGGGCGAAGCCGAUGCAUGCCGUUUACGAUAUCCAUUUUACGUCAGAGGUGUCGAGGGGGAAAGGAGCAUCGUUUCGGGCAGAACAGGCGCUGAUGUGUUGGCCGAUGAAGGGGUCAAGGACUUUGUACAGAGAAAAGGCUGGAACGCAGUCCUUACUUAA